AUGAACUUCGGGACUGUACUUUUCCUCACCCGUGAGUAUGACUUUACUUUGUUUAUCGUCUGUUGCUUUUAUUGAGUAUCCCAAAUCUUGCCGCUUGUAAUGUCUCCAAAAGUUAUUUCUCCAAAGUUCAGGGUGGAUUUCACUGGCUCAAACUAAUUAUCUGACUGUUAGUAACACUUUUAGUGUCUUUAAGAUGGGAUUCUGUGUGUGUGUGUGUGUGUGUGUGUGUGUGUGUGUGUGUGUGUGUGUGUGUGUGUGUGUCUGUGUGUGUGUGUGUGUGUCUGUGUGUGUGUGAGAGAGAGAGAAAAAGAGAGAGAGAGAGAGAGAGAGAGAGAGAGAGAGAGAGACGAGGUAAAGCAGUUCUUUUGGCGAGUUUGUGGGGAUUUUCCUCUGCUCACAGUCUCAUGGAGCAGCAGGAUGAGCGCACUGACACUGUGUCAUACAGGUGCAGCCAGAGCGUUUAUUUAUUUCUUUACUGAUCUUUAUAUCAUGUUAUAUAAUCUUCCAAAUCUGAAUCUCAGUAGAAAGAUCAUCGAUUUUGUAAAAUACUCUGAGGGGGAGACAGAUGAGCGUAUAAGGCAGAGUGAAUACGCACACACGUGGUUAUGACAAGAUGAAACCAGAUCAUCUUUAGUUUGUGAAUAUCACUUCAGACUUGACACACAGAAACAUAAGGAAACAUUUUCACACAUGUGCCAAAUGUGCAGAAGUGUCGGUAGAUGAACUCCACACCGACAAUCAACAGUCAUCAAAAAUUACUGUCUGUGUUCAUGGGGCACAGGAGGCAACCAACAAAUCAUUGUGUGUGUGUGUGUGUGUGUGUGUGUGUGUGUGUGUGUGGCUGUUUACCCAAUCCCCCUGAGACAGCUGUGACUGAUUUGUCUUUUCUUUCUGUGGUUAGUGUAAGUUAGUUGGUUGACUCCUGUGCCCCGUAAACACAGACAGUCAUUGUUGAUGCAUGAAAAGGGGUAAGACCUACUAUAGUGUCCAUGUUUUAACUUGUAGUGCGUUAGAAUUGAGUGUUGGUUGAUUGAAGACAAUGUGCAGAACUUUCAGGUCCGAUUCAAAGACUCUCAUGACAGGCCGUUCUGUUGCGCUCAGUAAAAGCAUAAGGUUUAUAAAUAAAAAUGCUGUUGCUCGGGUUAGACGAUCUGUUUAUUACGUUAUUAUAUCUUGCUUAAAAAGCUCUCUUUAUCAUCAGAUCUUAACUCAUCCAUGUAUAUUUCAAUAGUUUUAUAUCAGCUGAAAUAACAGUUAAAAACCUCCAUCAUUUUUACUCGUAGACUGUAACACCUUUACUCACUUCUCCUCUGUCAUGCUGUUUUGCAGCUCCAACAAUCAGCCCAGUUUUACUGCAUAGACAAUCAAACAUUAGCAAGUGCCAUGGGGUAGGCUACUAGCUGGGCUUGUCCUGACAAUGCUGUUUGGAAGAUGCACAAUGACAGUACUGCGUUCGAUAGUAGUAUGCAGUAUGACCACAAGUCGGCCAUGUAGUAUGGUUGGCCCGGUUUAGCUGGUUUCCAGUAUGAAAAUGUCCAUCGUGUGGUAUCUGGAGUCACUACAUCACUAUGCACUGCUCAAGGUUUUUCUCAGGAAUAGCCUGAGAAACCAGUUGUGGACUGUGGGCUUGUGUUUAUUUGUUUAUACCUGGGGUGAGAUAGCCUGGGAGGGGCACUUCACUGGUCACAGGUCAUAAAACACCACUAUAGGUUUACCAACCACCAGAGGGUAAGGAAAGAUAUUUUGGGAAUGUAGGAGGGCUUACAUCCCUAACCCUAUAUAACAGGGUCACAAACUCUGGUUGGGGAGAGCUGGACAUCAUUGGCCAUCCUCUCCCAGCAACUGCAGUGCUGUAUUGAUACUAGUUUUGUCUUUAUAAUAAACUCCUCUUAUACAAGCAAGCCAGUGUCACGAAGCCUCCUUCUGCAUCUACACAUCGAGGACAGCCCAGACACAACAAUCGUACCAUGGUAAAAUGCAACGACACUAUGAGAACCACCAUUCCUACAGUCCUACUUAAGCACCAUAUUCUGUACAAAAACAGUUGAAGUUGAAUGAACACUUUCCACAUGGAUCCUCGUUUGAUUUGAAUGUGCAGCUGAUCUCAGACUGUAGAGACAUCAUUUAUCUCUGCCUCCUUCUAAAAGUGACUGAAUUACCGAGUAACUGCAUCAGUUAAGUAAUUCUGAUUUACUUCACUUUUUGCUUCAAUAGCCUUGACAUCUUAGAUAAUGUACCUGCCCCUUAUCUGGUGUUUUAUUGACUUGUUCAGUGAAAACAGCCGAUUCAUAAGUUGAUAAAGGAAGUUCGUCAGUUCGUCAGUGCUCCCGCAGUAUACUACUUCAGUAUAAUACUUUGUGCACACACUUUGUACAGGCACACCCGCACACACACACACAUCACAUCACCAAGGCUGAUAUUGACAAUAAUGCUACAAACUAAGGCUGCACGAUAUUGGAAAAAAAUAAUAUUGCGAUUUUUUCAACCCUGCGAUAUAUAUUGCGAUAUUAAAAAUACAGUAUUUUCACCAGAUGACUAAUAGCACUUAAUGUUAUGCUGCACUGCUGAAGUCUUGAGGACAGUUAAUCUGCUCUGAUCUUACCUCUUUUUGUGAAUGUUAGUAGAACGGCUCCUGUCUGUCUCAGAGAUAUUUUUAGCUUUUAUUGUGCUGGGACGUUAUUGUGGAAACAGGUGAACACAGAAGACGUGUUUUGGUCGACAUUAUCCAUCUUGUAACCGAAAUAAUUCCAGAUAACUGACUUUCCUUUUCUUUUUGGCAACAAAUCUUCAUUUUCGGUGGUUUUCGCUUGUUCGUUGUUCAUUUUGCGAUCGUUGUUGUUGUUGUUGUUAGCAGCGGUGUUGUGCCGAGAAACGCAUGUCCUCCGAGAAUUGCAUGCACCUCGCAAAACGCGCACUGCUUAUAGUAGAGUGGUCCACGGAAAUGUACAAUUUAAAACCCAUAGAGUUCUUAUUUGUUGGGCUUAAUAGUCAUGAGUAAAGUUCCGAAAGUAAUUCUCAGCGGACACACGUCUCCCUCCAUGUGCAGAACAUGUGCAGGGGUGGGUUUUCUCCUCCCUGAUUUUGAUUGACAGCUGGCAGGAUAGUCUGAUUGGCAACUGAGAAGUGAGUCUGAUUGGCAACUGAGUUAAGGACGAAGGCGAUUGGUGGAUCGCUGCACAGCACAUGCAGAGUCACAUGGAGUGUAUCUCAGUCGGUUACCCUUGAAAUUAACUGAGUUCAUUCACCUCCAAUAUCGCAGGCUCUGCGAUGUGACUAUCGCACACACGUACAUCGCGAUGACGAUAGUCAAACGAUAUAUCGUUCAGGCCUACUACAAACCCAGCUCUAAGCGCACACUGCAAGAAAGCAUGUUAUUUUGGCUCAUGGUGGAAUAAUGAUAAAGUUAGAGACUGGAGGAAACAGUUCAUGAAAGACAGGAUCAAAAAGAAGAAUUACCAACACAGAUGUCUCAUCAUCUUUCUUUCUUUUUCUUCAUUUUUCUUAGUUUGGCUCUCGCUGCCGGGAGGAUGGGGUGAAACCACUUAUCUAACAGGGAGGGGAGGAGGAAAGCUCAAACUGGAGACUGGACCCUUCAACCUGCAUGGGGAUUUCCAGAUUGAGUGGUCGCGCAGACUAAAUGGGCAGACGGAGGAUCGUACCCUCAUCAACUGUGUAGCCAAAUGCACCUCCUGGAAUGGACCUGAAGACAAGCUGUACCUCAACACAACAUCUGGUGCUCUCACUCUCAGGCUGCUGAGUCCUGCUGACAGCGGUCACUAUGAGGGAUUCAUCACUGAGGACAAUAACCGUGUGCACCGAUAUGACUACAAUGUCACUGUUCAAGGUGGGUUUUCUGAAGAUACCAAAUAAAAUCACGGUCAUCAGUGUGUUUCUGUUGAUUCAGAGUCAGUAGAGAGUUUGGUAUGUUAUACUGCUGCUCAUAUUUACGAUCUGCUCUUGUCUUUUUACAGAAGAAACACCAUCAGAAGUCACCAAAAACCACAGGCACCACUACGCUUUGUUGGCAUCCGUUGGCCUGCCUGUAGCUGUGAUCUUUGGAUUGCUGGUUGCUUCCUGGCAGAAAGUCAAAAAGACAAAGAAAGGUGUGUAUCCACGCAGCUCUCGAGCACAGAUGGUUUCAUUCCAUUAGUGUUGUAGCAUCCCGGGUUAAUUAUGGUCUGACUCUUUGACUGAUGGUUCACAAAGUUUGAUUUAAAGCAGUUCCUUUCAACAUCUAUGGACAGUGUGAACACACCGUAUGAGCUAAAGAAAACAACAACAGCGGUAUUAACCCUUUCUGUCCUGACAUGAUGGUUGUAGCCCUUUAAAUUACGUGUUUAAUAGCCUCUUUGAAAUUACGUUUUUUAUAAAACUUCAAGAAUAGUGAAUUAAACUUCACGUUUUUAGCAAAAUGACAACCGCAUAUCAGAGUGCUUUAGCUAGGAUGAGCUUAAAAUAACAAAUUAAUUGACUUCCUUUAAACCAAAUAACAUGAAAUACAUUUUUAGACGUCUUAUCAAAGCGCACAUCAGGCGAAAAUGAUGAACAAAAUACACAUGGAUUCAAAAUGUGCCUCAGACCACGUUAUGAACUGAAUAAAUCAUGUCUGUUACCCUAACUAAAAAAAAAGUAUAUCUCAAGUACAUUUUAUGAAGUAGUUUACCUCCCAAAGUAUACUUGGUACACUAAUACAAAUAUACCUCCAGUAUUCCCAUCCCACUCAAAAUCUUACAAACUGAAGCUGUUAACCAGAUAAAACCAGAAUCAGAGGAACUUUGAAAACCUCUUUUCAGGUCCGAGUGCCAAAGGUGUGGGGGCCCUCUCAACCCAGAGGACAUGACUCUUGCUGCCAAAUUAAUUGUGUUUUUAGAGGUCUAAACAAGCCCCCAAAACUCGCCACGUUUUGCAAAUGCAUCAGGACUUGAGAUAUUUUAGGGUCUCACAUAAAAGCCUGUUGUCAAGAUUUGGAUUCUCAUCUGAUUAAUAUCUCUGUCCUGAAUGCUGGAUUUACAGCAUCAUCUAUGUUUGCCUCUCUGUGAUGUUUGACUGAGGAUGUGAGUUUGUUCUGGUGAAGUGAUCACUCUCUUUUUUUGUUCUUCACAGAUUACAGUCAGCCUCCUGUAAUCGAAUUCGCCUGAUGAAGGACGUUGUCUUCUGCAUCACGACACCUUGCAGACAAAAACGAGAGAAGAUCCCCCCUUUUUUUUUUUUAGGCUUUGUCCUAAAUUUGUGAACUUUAUUAGGUACAUGAAUUUAUUUAAUUUGAAAUUUUUUUAUGUACCUGAUUUACUUGAAACAUAAGUUGUACGAAGGGUUAAUGGCAGGCCUAAAGUUUGGCCUAACUUCAAAAGAUGGAGGCACAUCCAGAACGAUGAAGAGUUAACAUCAUUGAGGUGAAAAUAUGGAGGAUCACAGGUGAGCUCAGGUUUGCCAUGUAGAGUUGACCUCUCUAUUGAUCGCUGUGUGAGAUGAAGAAGGAUGAAGUGUAGAAAUGUCCCGGUGACGUGGCCUUCAGCACGUUACAGAGUAAUUUAAGUAGUAGAAAUGUCAAUACAGCUUUUGCAGCACCUAAACCGGUGAAAAAGGGGACCAUCGUCUUCAAAUCAUCCUCUGACUUUCAAGUAUUUUAAGCUUCAUUUCAGCCUUUGUCUGCUGCACAAGCAACCUCUUUCUGCAAGAAGACAAUCUGAGUAAAAAGAUUUUACAGUUCAACAUGUCAUAUCUGUAGAAUCUGAGUUUCAAAAUCCCCCCUUCCUCACCCGCCUCACCUUUUACCUGUGGGCAAAUAAUACACAGUCAGUAUGACAGAGCAUUUAAGAGCACUAAAGCAGGGAGUGACAGAGCUGACGAUUACGUAUCCUGUGGAAUUUAGUCAUACAGUGGGUACGCAAAGUAAUACGACACCUUUAAACUUUUCACUCUUUGUUUCUUUGCAGCCAUUUGCUAAAAUCAAAAAAGUUCAUUUUAUUCCUCAUUAAUGUACACUCAGCAGCCAAUCUUGACAGAAAAAAACAGAUACGUAGACAUUUUUGCAAAUUUAUUUAAAAAGAAAAACUGAAAUAUCACAUGGUCAUAAUUAUUCAGACCCUUUGCUGUGACACUCAUAUUUAACCCACAUGCUGUCCAUUUCUUCUGAGAUGGUUCUACUCCUUGAUUUGAAUCCAGCUGUGUUUAAUUAAACUGAUUGGACUUGACUAGAAAAGGCACACACCUGUCUAUAUAAGACCUUACAGCUCACGGUGCAUGUCAGAGCAAAGGAGAAUCGUGAGGUUGAAGGAACUGCCCAAGGAGAAAUAAAAUAAACUUUUUUGAUUUAAGCAAAUGGCUGCAAUGAAACAAAGAGUGAAAAAAACGGGUCGUAAUAUUUUCCGUACCCACUGUAAUUGUUUGAGCCUCGGGCGUUUCCACGCUCAUUCUUGGCCUCCGUUUUGAACAAUCCACCAAUUAGCAGGAACCAAAAACAAACUAAAGACUUCAAACUUCAGACAUGUUCUGGACCAUUUCACAUCCUCAGUCUUGUGCUCUGAAUGCUCUUAUCAAAACCGUUUUGAACUCCAUAUAAGAAUGUAAUGCAGUUCUCCACAGUGCCUUCAUCUGAGGGUGAAAUGUAAUGUAAUGAAAGGUAGUUAGUGAUCACGUCUUUAAUUACUCAUGAGGAUACUGCACAGUUACAUCAGUGUGGUCUGAAGCCCUGACUUCGAGGUAGGAGACAGAUUUAUAUGAAUUUGCCGGUGUGAAUGCAAUAAAGCCGACAACAACAGACUAGUGCACAAUCAAGUCAUCAGCACUUUAAACUGGGAUACACUGAAGAGAGGAGGAAGGGGAUCUAGAACUAGAAUCUAGGUGAGAAAUCACCUUAAUUGAAAUAGUAAGGAGGCAGAAAUGCAGCUUUAUUGCACUUUUCAUCCCAGUUUGUUUACCCUCUUUGUUUCAUAUCAGUCCAGGAGUGAACACCACAAGCCUUAGACACGAGUCUUCAGCACUUUCAACCAGGUACUCAUAUAGGAGGUUUUGGUUUUGGUCUCAUCCACGGGUCUGUGUUCAUACUCUCAGUAUGAAACACAGAGUAGUUUUCAGUGUAGUUUUCUGUGAUGUGGUGACCUGUCAGUCGUGUUUGCUCGGCGCAUAGAAGGCAGCCCAAAGUUUGAUUUGACUCUAAGUGCAUCAGUGUUUUUUUUUAGAGUAAAAUGUGCCGGUUAAAAGUUGUUUUCCAUCACGAUGGGAACAAGAGCAGGGCGACGCAGCCGAGACUUCACAGCGUGCAGAAAAGGAAAUGAAAUGAGAGAUUAACAACAAGCACCGUGUUGCCUUCAGACUUUAAUUAGAUUGCACUUUGUAUAUUUACUCUCUGUUGACAGCACUUAUACCCUUGUCCUGUAAUGUUUAAAACAUGUUUAAUUCUGCUGUAAAAAUGUGCGUUUUGAAAUCAGCUUUAAUGUCUGAGCUUUGACAGACAAGCCUCAGGUGAAUUCCGGUGUUCGCUGCUGUUUGACUGCUGGCUCUCAUCCCUCCUAAAGGUGUGCAGUGUGUGUGUAGUAUUGUGCAACAGUGCUCAAAUCGAAUCCACCUGGUUUACCGAAUACAACACCUAUAUUAACAAAGUGUAACUGUGAACACCAUGAAUAUAAGCGGCAGCUCUAAAGCUACACCAACAUCAACACGGAACUGUUACCUGGAUUCACGUAUAAAGUCUAAAACAUACAGGAUUCAUAUUGUGUGCAUAACGUCAGCGUCGCAGAUCACGCAGCGAAAAAGUUCCCAUUCUAAUCGAUGCAGCGUCGCAUACAGGACGCACCGCAGCUCCGUAUCAGAAGUGCAUCGAGUGCGGCUCAUCUAAAGAUAUGCGCCGAGUCUACUUUCUCUGCUCUACGCUUCCAACACGCGUCAAUCUUCACAGAGAAGAUCGUUCGAGACAGGAUAUCGAGCAUGAAAACAUAUGCUUGUCAUCCAGUAAAUUUCAAAAUAAAACACCAUAUCGGGACUCCUGUUCGUGUAUCAAUCUGAGUAGAUGAGAAAUACUUCCAGGACUUUGACCUGCUAACUCUUUCUGAAGGUAACAGAGUUUACUUUAUUAAACACGAGUAAACCUGCAAAAACUGAAACUGUAAAAUUAUAUUUCUUUGUCACAUACAGUAGAAGCUCAGCGUUCACUGAAUUAUAUCCAAAUUAGCAGGAAAUCGACCACAGAAACGAAAAACAGCCUGUUGUGAGCGUGUUGUUUCCUCUAUACUGAGCCCAGCUGACCGGAGCUGCACUACGCUGCCGCUACGCUCCAAAGCGCUGCUCGACGGAGACGCUGACGUUACUGUUUGUCUUACUUUUUUCUUUGUUUUAAUCUCACAGUCUUUAUUUAACAGCUCACCAGCUGAGUGCUUUUACAUGAUGUUAUUCAGCUCAGGUCUACUGCAAAUACAAAUAGUCUAGAAAAGCACUGUAUUUAUUAGAGCGUGUGUGUUAGUAAGUAGAAAAAAAAUGCCUCUUUGAGUCUUCAGUGUUAUAUCAUCUCUGUUUAUUGCACUGAUUUGAGUUUAUGCUGUAUUUAUAUGGUAUUUUUUUAUUCUUAUGGGCUGUUUUUUUUUUCUUUUUUGGUGUGUUUACAAACAGAAAUAAAACCUUAUUAAAACUGUCUGCUGUUUGAGUUUGAUCACUUCUGUCCCAUGACCUUGUUGCUGUUUAAUCCACAGAGUUUGUUCUGUGUUGGUCUUUGUUGGUCACACUAAAAUAAGUGAACACAUCAUUGACUCCUGACACUCAAAUACCUUUGCAUGUGAUUAAAACCUGACAAAAACUGUCAGUGCAUCUAAAAUAAACCUCUUUGUUUGGACUAUUCCAGUGAAUCAGAACAAAAACCCAUAUCAGAGUUGGUAAUAAAUGCUCAAGUCCACUCUUUCACGUUCUUCAGGUAUAAUUUAAAGUAGAUGACACACCUUUAACUUGAGAUGUGUCGUAUAUAUAAAAUGUGGUUUGGCUUAUUGUUCUUAUUCACAGAGUUCUUACAGUGGAGCAGUUUUUAUCAGCUGCAGUAAAGUUGAGAAACAUUCAGGAAGUUACAGUGGAAAAAUACCGGAGUGCAGCAGUGUGUCUGCAGCUGUGCCCAGCUGAAGGGGUGGGGGGUGGGGUGACAUAAUUGAUAUCACUCUCCGUGGAAUGUUCGUGUCUUAAGGUGUAACUCAUUUUUAAAGAAAAGAACGCCUACAGACAGUCGGACAUCUUCACCGUGUGGGCUGACAUCCUUACCAGUCGGACGCUCCCACGCAGAUCCCGCCCCCAAAACCGAGGUAUUACAAACCCCGAGCCUUGACGCGCGUGUCAUUCUUCAUCCUGCCGGUGUGGAAGAUGUCUCUCUAUCCUCUGACCACAGUGAAGCGCUCCAUCGGGGCUUUUGCUGCCUGGAUAACAGCGAUCACAGGUGGGUCAACCUGCACGCGAUCAUAAGUUAUACAUUUCUGAGGCUUCCACCCGCGGACCAGAUUUUGAUAAAGACCGGUUUCUGUAAGGCAGGACUAGGCUGACUGACACAGUUAAUAACCGGUAAACUGAGCGCAGCGGGGUCCUGUAGGGGUCGUCCAGUCUGGCGGGGAGCUCGCCACUCACGCGAUGUGGAAACUGUAGGCUUCAGCUCACGAGACUGGAGCUCGGAGCUGUGGAUGUGGAUGCUGUAAGCUCAGGUAUACCCACGGGCAUUGUUUGGGUUGUAUUGAGUUGCGCCGCUAAACAGACAAGAGAAAGUCACGAUCGAUUAGUGAUCAUAACCGGUUAGAAUAAUUGAACUCGAAGUGUCGUUAAAAUGUCAUCAGACUGUGGAGUACUUGGGAAGCAUGACAUCUUUUUAAUCGCCUAUUCAUGGAAAGUGGCAGGUCUGGUUUAAGGUCACCCUGACGGUCUCUGGCAUGAGGUCCCGGUCUUCCCUGGCAGCAGAGAGGACUUUGAUACGUUUAUCCACGGCAGUCAAGCCAGCCGGCACUCAAUUUGGAGUGCACAUGUAUUCGAACGCUUAUGGUAAAAGCGUUAAUAUGGCGCUGUAAACUGACGGGCGACCAAUAAGAAAAUAAAAACAACUUUCCUGAUAUAAUUGGUCCAAUAUAUCUGUACUAGUGGACAGAGUACUUCUCAGACAACAUGUCCUGUACUUUUACUGUGUACUUUUGAAGUAAUCCUAUGUCAAAGUCUCCCGUAUCAACUAUAAAUAUGCUUUGUUUGUCCAACUUUGGUCUAUAAUGAAAAACAUUUUUCAGUGAGUCGUCCAAGACACCUGUAUAAUUGGACAGAGGACUUCUUGGACAAUAUGUACAAAUAAUAUGAGGUACUUUUACUGUGUACUUUUGUAGUGAUCCUGCAAAAGUACAUAGUAAAAAUAUUUGAUAGUAAUAGAACAUGUUGUCCAAGAAGUACUCUGUCCGAUAGUACAGGUGACUCGGACCACUUAUAUCAGGAAAGUUUUUUUAUUUUCUUAUUGCUCCCCCGUCAACUUACAGCACCGUAUUAAAGGUGUUGUAGUCAGGAUCUGAGUUAGUUCCAGUUUUUAGGAGAAACCUUGAAUGUAAACUCUACCCCUCCAAACCAGUUUUCCCCUCAGCUCCUCCUCUCCUCUCAAGCCCCGCCCACAAACAGACGCUCCUGCUCGCUCGUAUCGUUCUGAUUAAAUUCAGAUAUAAUGCAGAUAAAUACUUCAGAUCAUUACAAAUGGGGCCCAGUCAAGGUGAAAGUCAAAAGCAUUGGUGCUACUGUAGAUGCCAACAGACUACCAGCAAACACAAUGUUUGCAGGACUUCUACAACGAGGAUAAAGUGACAUAGUCCAGGACCCGAGGGAGGACAGUUUAGCGAUGGCGCUACAACACGCUACAGCAGGUCCGUUUGACAAGAAACACUUCUGUUACAGACACUUGUCUUACUUUGUUAAAGCGGUUUACCUGUCCAGCAGAAAGGUUACAGGGUCACCAAGAUCCCCAAGCGUCCCCCAUGGUUUAUGUUGACCCGGCUUUUUAGCUCUUGUCCGGUCUACCUCCGUUUUAAGCGCCCGUUAUUCCUCCAGAGUCUUCGGUAUUUACUUUGUUUUCUUGCUUGUGUCGGCAGUCGUGGCCAAAGGAGGAUUCAGACAAUUUUCCGAACUUUCUGGUUGGUUUCUACUGUCCGAUAUUGUAGCACGCUAACUUUGUUUGGGCUCCUGAACGACACGGGGGAGCAGCGUCUGCCUCACAACCAAUCAGGUUAGAGGAGGUGGAGAACGGCUUUGUUUACAGUCAGAAAGAGCGGACCGCUCAAAAAUAUUCAAAUAUCGACGACACAGACAUAAGAGAACACAGAGAUAUCGAUAUAUUACCAAAUGUCAUCAAUAACUAAUAACUAUUGACUGAUAUUCAAAGCUUUUUUGUUUAUACACUACAAAAAAGAUGCGUCUUUAACGGAUUCCUGCCUACUUCACCUUUAAUGCCUUUCCUGUAAGCAUUCGAAUACGGGCGCACUCCAAAUUGCGUGCCGGUUGGCUUGACUUCAGUGUCUAUCAGGGCUGGAAGGAGGGUGACUAAGAGAACAGCUUUUCAUGGGUUUUAUGCAAAAAGGAUAAUUCAAUGUCUAAUUUAAACUACAAAAGCAUCCAAAAGGGCACUUUAACUACUUUUUUCAGAUAUAAGAUAACAGGAGGCGGGGUCUGAGGUCAUGGGGGUCUGUGUGAGAAAUGGUUCUGCUCUUCAAGUGUGCGCUUGUGGUUAGUUUUCCAGGGGUGGAUGUUCCACAUGCAGAACUCUCUUUUACAGACACUUUGUGGUUUACAAAGUUUCACUGUUACAACCAUAAACUUAACCAAAGUUAACAGUCGAUGAUUCAACAUACUGAGCAUUUAGUUUGUAUUUCUAAAAACCCAGAUUUUAGCCUGAGGAGAAAAUGUUCUUUAUGCACAAGAACAACAAAUCCACAACUUCAAAUCCUCAGUCUGUACGAGUCUGAUGUUGCGGGUUUAGUAUUUACAUAUUUAACACUUAAAAACCACAAGUACCACCUUAUCCUACUGUUUUGGUUGUAUAACCUGUAGUUGAAGUGUAACUACAGUGAAAGUGGCAUCCACCUGUUUGACAAAACUUUUAAAAAAAGUCUACCUGCUCCCUUACACUCACCUAUUUCUCUCCUUUUCUUUUUCAGUUGCUCUGUCAGCCCCAGUUAGGGUCUCCCCUCUUAUUGGUCAGGGUGGAAUCCACACCCUGAACCUCACCGUCGGGGAAACCCGUACCCUGAGUGGACUCGUGAAGCCAAAUGGUCACUUUAGUGUACUAUGGUGGUUCAAUAAUGGCACAGAGGAUGCAACUCUUGUCACAUUUGAUACCGGAGAGUCCCCAGAGUACCACAGAGAAAAAUUCAACCUCAACUUCAACCUCGACCCAAGAACCGGAGCUUUGACCAUCGGACCUCUCCGUGUCGAACACAGCGGCUCUUAUCAUGUUGAACUCACUGAUGAAAACCACAAGGUGCAGGAGUGCACUUAUGCGAUCUCUGUCUCUGGUAAGUGUUUGUUGAGUACCCCAAAAACAGCACAGAGUUAAAGGACCAUCACUUUAUAAAACCAACAUGUUCCUGAGAUGUUAUUUACUACUGUGGAAAGUCCAGAGCCUCAUUUACAUAUAAACUCCUCCAAAUCUGCUCUUUAAAACUUGACAUCCCUGGUUUGGGAAGAGUGUACUGCAGUUGUGGAAGAAGUUAAAUUAAUUCAAGCAUGAGUGAAAAACAACAGACAACUGAGCCUCUAAGAGUACAAACCAUCAAAAUGUCACUCUGAACGUAAGUGCAUUUAAUGUUUGACAUGAUAAUCACAGGUGCUCGCUGACUUUCCACCCUUUUGGACAAUGUCUGUAAAUUUUCAGGACUGCAUUGCAUGUGUAAAAGGAGCUUAUAUCAGUGUGUUCCCUUGUUUCAGGAUAUUCUUGCUUUUUUCCUUUGAAUCACAGCUGCUAAAGAAUCUUUUUUUCUCUUUGUUUUGUUUCACAGAGUCUCAAUCAAACAAGGGAGCUCCACCCGACAGUGCCAAGACCCAGACGUCUCACUGGGUGGUCGUCAUGACUGCAGUUCUUAUCCUGCUGUUCCUGUGA